UAAAAACCACGCCGGCCGGCAAACGGGCAGUCAAUAAUAAUUUGUAUCGCGAUAAAGAAUCAUAAGCACUAGCAUCUCUUACACAAGCAGUAUUGUGUGAAUAUAGCCGAAAACAAAAGAAAAUGUCUAUUAUGCCUUUUUUACUCAAUUUUGAACAUCCUCACAGGAUCAUUGACCAGGAUUUCGGUUCGACAAUAACUCCCGAUGAUUUGUUGAUGAUGGCCGCCGUCGCACCUUUGCUGUCUCAAGACUAUUAUAGACCUUGGCGUCAACAAGCCGCUGCUAAUAGAGAUGUCGGUUCCACUAUUAAACUCGACAAAGACAAGUUUCAACUCAGUUUAGAUGUACAACACUUCGCACCAGAAGAUAUUUCCGUGAAGAUAGCCGACGGCUACAUCGUCAUCGAAGGCAAGCAUGAGGAGAAAAAAGACGAGCACGGCUUCAUCUCCCGUCAGUUUACAAGAAGAUAUGCGCUUCCUGACGGUUGUGACACGGAAACUGUAGAAUCAAAACUGUCAUCAGAUGGAGUUCUAAUAGUAACCGCUCCAAGAAAAUCCGAAAUUUCGAACAGUGAGAGAGUCGUGCCUAUCGCUCAAACAGGACCGGUCAGGAAGGAGAUCAAGGAUCAACAUUCUCAAGCCAAUGGAGAAUGACUUUAAAAAGAAGUUUGCUUGGUGUAUAAGUUAUUUAUUUAAUUUAUUUAUUUGAAGCUUUAAUUAUUCGUUAUGAGCAUUUGACUGUAUAAUUUAUUAAUACUGUAGGUAUUUUAAGUAUGUUAGCGUAAUAAACGUUUAUUACAUAUGUUA